AUGGCUGUUCGCCUGUGGGUGGUCACCCUGGCCUUGGCUGCCCUCUUCCUUGUGGGCAGGGAAGUGCCAGUGUCGGCAGCAAAGUUCAUUUUCUCAAGAAUGCUAAGGCAGCUGCUUGCAGUUCUGGCCUCAGGGCUGCUGAUCUGGCCUUCCUUCUGCAGAGGGGAGCCCUCUCAUCCAUGCUGGGAAACCGGGCUUCUUCUUCUUUACACUCCUGCUCAUACAACUUCAAUGCCCAUCUGUGAGCACAUGGCAGAAUCUCCAGUCUGCCCCUAGAUAUAUGACCCAGUUUGUGGCACUGACGGGGUCACGUAUGACAGUGAAUGCAAGCUCUGCUUGGCUCGCAUUGAGUGCAAACAGGACAUCCAGAUCAUGAACGAUGGCAAAUGCUAACCCCACAGGAGCCCCUUGAGCCAUGAAGCUUCAGGCUGGAGAACCGUGGUGGGCAUGGAGAGGAUGUGACAUGAAAUAAAAGAUUCAGCACAACCUGGCCAAGCA